AUGACUACCUCACACCUUGCUUCUGAUUCUCUGGUCAGCCUCCCCUCAGAGGUGCUAUUGACCAUCUUUGGAGCUCAAGACAGCUUCAGGGACAUGUCUUCGUUGUUCAGAACAUGCAAGAGUCUCUAUGCUCUUUGGCAGACUCACACUUCAUCCAUGAGCAAGUCUCUGCUCAUCCACCAGACCCCUUGCUACGAGGAGGUGGUACCCCUCACAGCGGCCUACGAAGCAACAAAGCUCACCACUAGACUUCGAUACAAAAUUGUGCUCGUGGAUACACUUCAAGGGGAGAAGCUCGAACGAACAUUAAACAGCAUCUCUCUAUGCCGACAAAUCUCAGGGCAAGCAAGAUAUCUAUGCGACAUCAUCGAAAGCCGCUAUCUCCAACAAAAAUACAACUGCCACGAUGCGAGAUGUCGAGCCCGUCCAUCAAAACUCCCACAACAAGAACGAGACAAUGUCACCCGAGCACACCAUUUCAUCAAGUUGUACACAAUCACCCAUGCGAAUCAACGACUUGCAGGACUACAUGAAGCCUGCAAGAUCAAACUGGAAGCAAUGAGUGAUGCGAACAAGCACUUUUUGUUCCAGCUCUCGAGGAUUAUGCAUGAUUAUGCUUUGCCUUGGGAUAAGAUGAGACUGGACCUGUGUUCGUACUCGCUGCCUCCUGUUGCCGUUGAGGACGACAUCGGUUGUAAGGUUACUUGGGCGGACAAGUUUACGGCACUUCAGGAGGCUACACGUGUGCAAAUUGAGACUUGUGGGGACUGUAUUUAUGAUGAUACAGCACGGUUUAGCAGGAUUGGCCAGUAG